GUACUGAUAGAAAUCGGCCAUUUUGUGGAUGCAUGUUAGCUUAGCUUGCUAUGGUUUGAUAUUAAUUACAACUUGACGGUCGUUAUUGAAAAAUCAAAUUAUUAAUAAGAAAUAAGUGACAAAAGAAACAACUCAAUGAAUUCUGACGAAGAUACUAAAGUUCCUCCUAGAAGGACUAGAAGCUCAUCGAAAACUGCAAAUAGUCCACAAAAUGUAACUCCUAAAGCAACCAGAAAAACCAAAAAAAAAGUUGUAGUAAUGGAAGUUGAAGUUUCUGAUGAUGAAAUAGCUCCAGAAUCUGCAAAUGAAACAGUUAUAUCUGAAAAUAUUGUGAAUGAAGUAAAAGAUGAGGAUAAGUUGAAAGAUGAAAGCGUUAAAGAAAAUACGGAGGGGACAGUUGAAGAACAAGAAGUAGAAAAGAUAGAAAAUGGAAAUGAUUCUCAAACUCUUAAAGAAGAAAUUGAUGUAUUGGAAGAAGUGGAAAAAAUGGAUGUUGAUGAAAUAAAUGAACCAGAAAUUGGAAAUGAUAAUGAGCAAAUGGAAACUUCAAAUAAUGAGACUGUUGAAGUAAAAUUGGCAGUUGAUACCACUCCAACUGAAGAUGUAACAGCUGAGGAAUCUGCAACUGAAGCGGUGAAUACUGAGGAAUAUGCAUCUGAAGCUUUGAAAACUGAGGAAUCCGCAACUGAAACUGUGAAUACUGAGGAAUCUGCAACUGAAGCUGUAAAUACUGAGGAAUCUGGAAAUUCAAUUGAUGAUACAGCUGAAGUUUCUAUUGCCGAAGAAGAAAAAACUGAAACAGCUGAUGAUAAAAAAACUCUAAAUGAAAAUGAAGAUGUAGAGUCUCAAAUCAAAGAGGAAACCAAAAUGGAGUGUAGUAAUGAUCCUGAUACUGAAAAUAUUUCUGAAGAUGAACUUCCUUCAGUACAAGCUGUUAAAGUCCCUGAAACUGAAGAAGUUUCUGAUGAAGAAUUGCCUGGACCUAAACGAGCGGAAUUACCUGCUGAUACUGAGGUUGUUUCUGAAGAUGAGCUCCCAACUGUUAAAAAAGAUGGGAAACGAAAAUUAGCAGAAGGUGAAUAUGACCCUGGUUCUCCCACAUCAGAAGCUGAAGUAGCAACAAAGAAAUUUAAGGAGGAUAAAGAAGUAGAAAAAGAUAAAGAAGAAAAGAUCAAUAAGCCAAAAAAACUACCAGAAUUAGAUAAAUUCUGGAAAGCAGUCAAUGAUGAUCCUACUGAUUUUACUGGAUGGACCUACCUACUACAAUACGUGGACCAAGAAAAUGACAUGGAAGCUGCAAGAGAGGCCUAUGAUGCCUUUUUAUCUCAUUAUCCAUACUGUUAUGGGUAUUGGAGAAAAUAUGCAGACUAUGAGAAACGAAAAGGCAACAAGAAGAAGUGUGAGGAGGUUUUCGAGAGGGGAUUGAAAGCGAUACCUCUGUCAGUGGACCUCUGGAUCCAUUACCUCAACUAUGUGAAAAGCAGUAGGCAAGAAGAUGAAGAAUAUGUUAGGUCGCAGUUUGACCGAGCAAUCUCUGCAUGUGGUUUGGAGUUUCGAUCAGAUCGCCUCUGGGAUUCAUUUAUUAGGUGGGAGACGGAUGGUAAACGUUUACAAAGAGUAACUGCUAUCUACGAUAAACUUUUAUCAACUCCAACUCAGGGAUAUACUGCACAUUUCGAAAGCUUUCAGGAGCACAUUUCUAUAAAUCCGCCAAAUAAGGUAUUGGAAGUGGAUGAAUUUUUGGCCCUUCGAAAGGAAGUGAAAAGUUUAUUGAAACACGACACCUCGGAUGCAGUGGAAUCAGAUGCACCACCUGGAGAUGAGGACCUGAAUAAGAUAAUAAGUACAGAUGAAGAAACAAAGCUCAUAAGAGAACGAAUAAUAUCUAUCAGAAGAAAAAUUUAUAAAAACACAGUCUCUGCAGUAUCUGCAAGGUGGAAUUUUGAAGAAGGCAUAAAAAGACCUUAUUUCCACAUCAAACAACUGGAAAGAUGUCAGCUUAAGAAUUGGCAAGAUUAUCUUGAUUUUGAAAUACAACAAGGGGACAAAACCAGAACUAUUGUUUUAUUUGAAAGAUGUUUGAUUGCCUGCGCUCUUUAUGAAGAGUUUUGGCUGAAGUUCAUACAUUACCUCAACACAUUGAAAGAUGACGAUACCGUUGUGAAAAUAAGAGAUGUUUAUGAGAGGGCUUGUACAAUCCACCAUCUCAAAAAGCCAAAUCUACAUCUCCAGUGGGCCAUAUUUGAAGAGUCUAAUCAAAAUGCCAACAGAGCUGCAGAGAUUUUAGUCAACUUGGAGAAAUGUGUACCUAAUCUUAUACAAGUCGCCAGCAGGAGGAUAGGUUUAGAAAGACGAAGGGGUGAUUACGAGAAAUGUUGUCAGUUUUUUGAACAUUAUCUGAAUUCUUCUAAAAAUAAAGCAACAACUAGCUACCAUGCUAUCAAGUAUUCCAGAUUCCAACAUAAGGUGAUGAAGAACUAUGACAAAGCUCUUGAGAUAUUAAAGAAUGCCAUUGUAAAAGAUCAUAGUAAUCCUCGAUUAUAUUUACAAUAUAUUGAUCUUGCUAUGCAAAAAGAGGACGUUACAGAAAAGGAAAUUGUGGAAAUAUUCAAUUCAUUUUUGGAGAAAGAAAAUGUGGAUGUCGAUCAAAAAGUUCUCUUUGCACAGAGAAAAUUGGAAUAUUUGGAGGACUUCAGUAGCGAAAUUCAAGCAAUUCAAAAGGCAUUUGAAGAUUAUCAGAAAUGCCUGAAGCAAAGUAAAGAUACUGCUCUCAAAAGGAAAGAUAGCAAGGGUGAAUCAAGCUCAACCAAAAAAGAGAAAUCAUCUGCUCAACCCACUGCUCAGGCUGGACCUUAUGGACCCUACGGAAACUAUAACGCAUCAGGCCAAGGUUCCUACCAAUAUUCAGGUUCUCAGCCACAAGGACAAUACAAUUAUCAGCAGUAUGGUCAAAAUGAACAAUAUCCCUAUCAAAAUUGGCAAUACCCUCAAGGUGGAUAUGGUAGCUACAACCAGUGGGGCUCUUAUGGCAGUGGUUACGGUUAUUGAUCGAUUUAAAACUUUAUCUUAUUUAUUGUUUAGUUUUUCAAGAAGAAUCAAAAUGUGAUUUUUGGUUAGUUCUUGGAAUGAUGUAAAUAGUAUCGGUGUUAAUUUUCUUCAAAUUAAUGACAUCAAAUCAAUUUGAGGAAUUUAAUAAUUCACUUCCUUUUUUAUAGUUUGUUGUCUAUUUCAUCUUCUGUAAUUUUUAUCGAAAUUACUAAUGAUUGGAGUUUUGAAAAUAUGUUUUGGAGCAUUUUUCAUUAAAUUAUUUUACAAUUAACUUUUAUCCUCAACAUCAACAGAAAUUCACAGAAAAAAAAAUUUUUUUUUUCAAUUUUUCUAUCUUAUGUUCCAGCAAUUAAGUUUUGUAUGAAAAUUAUACAUAACAACAAUCAAUCACCUCAAUACAUCUGAACUUCUUUCUUCAAUCUACAAAUUGGUUUCUGUAAUAGUUCAUUAAAAAAUCAAUAUAAAAACAUAUAUUUCAGUCAAUUAUUACAUUAAAAAAAUAAUUUCAUUAUAUGAAUUUGAAAGAUGAAUCUAUUAAACUGUAUAAAAUAACAAAUGGCUUAUUUGGUUUGGACUUAUAUUCAUAGAUGAAUUCGCAAAUUUCUUGUAAUGCCUUCUGCCUGGAAUUUCUGUAAAAAAAAGGAUAUUAAUUAACAUUUACACAAA